UGUUGUCAUUGCAAACCGCUUCUCCUGCCGUAUCGUUGCCAACUUGCCGCUUGCAACUUGCGUACUUCGGUGUCUAAUCUGUCUACGUCUAGUAGCGUUUGUAUAAACUAAGCACAAUGACGAAGGACGAAGACAUCGAUGAAGUCCACACAGGAUUUCAAUUCGAUAACCUGGCAAGGAAUAACAUGCUUGUGUCUCGUGGGAUACAAAUGCCCACGGCUGUGAAGACAGGAACAACAAUUGUGGGUGUGGUCUACAAAGAGGGCGUUGUGUUGGGUGCAGAUACCCGCGCCACUUCUGGAGACCUCAUUGCUGAUAAAAACUGUGACAAAAUUCAUUACAUGCAACCAAACAUCUAUUGUUGUGGUGCUGGCACAGCAGCAGACUUGGAAAUGACCACCCAGCUGAUGUCAAGUCAGCUUGAGCUGCACAGGCUGAACACAGGGCGGCAGGUGCUGGUCAGGACCGCCAAUAGGAUGCUCUCGCAGAUGCUCUUCCGGUAUCAGGGACAUGUGGGUGCUGCGCUGGUGUUGGGUGGUGUUGACAAGUAUGGACCAGCCCUGUACAGCAUUCAUCCCCACGGCAGCUCUGACUAUGGACCAUACCAAGUGAUGGGAUCAGGUUCACUGGCCGCCAUGUCCGUCUUCGAGACUCGCUGGAAGCCCGACUUGGAGUUGGAGGAAGCAAAGCUGAUGGUUCGCGAUGCCAUUGCUGCCGGUAUUUUCAACGACCUCUUUUCUGGCUCGAACGUUGAUAUGUGCGUCAUCACACGUGACGGUGCCACUCAUGUCAGGCCAUAUGAGGUUGCCAACAUCAAGGGAAAGAGGCUUGGUAAGUAUAACUACAAGCGUGGCUCCACUGCGGUGCUCAGCUCCAACGUCAAGAAAAUUGAGAUCGUGUCCGAGACCGUGAAGAAAACUCCAUCGUCCACUGAUGAGAGCAUGGACACUGCCUAGCCUCCUAUCGCUUUUUUCUAGUACAAUAUAUACCCAAAUU